AGGAGCUCGAGGCCUCCUGGGACAUCCCUGGCUCUCGGUGAGAAAGCUGACAGUCCUCAGUCCUGCAGGUGCUGCCCGCCAUUCCUUCCUCCCAAGGACUCUCUGCCUCAUGGCUCUGGCAAAGGUGCCUGGGACCUGCUUGCUCACCAUUCAUGUCCUGCAGGCCCGUGACCUGCCCUCCAAGGACCUAUUGACCCCCUCUGACUGCUACGUGACUCUGUGGCUGCCCUCGGCCUCCAGCCACCAGCUCCAGACGCGCGUGGUCAAGAACAGCAGAAACCCCGUCUGGAAUCAGAGCUUUCAUUUCCGAAUCCACACCCAGCUCAAGAACAUCGUGCAGUUCAAAGUCUUUGACCAGGACCUUCUGACCAAGGAUGACCCUCUGUUGUUGGUGCUGUUUGACGUGGGGACUUUGCGGGCUGGGGAGUCCCGGCGUGAGAGCUUCUCACUGAACCCUCAGGGCAAGGAGCAGCUGGAAGUUGAAUUUCGGCUGCAGAAUCUGACCGACUGUGCUGAGCGCCUCGUCAGUAAUGGCAUCCUGGUGGCCCGGGAGCUCUCCUGCUUGUGUGUUCGACUGGAGAAGGCUGGGGGCCAGCAGGGGUCGGAGGGCAGAGUUCAGCUCGUGGUUCCUGGGUCCUGUGAGGGUCCGCAGGAGGCCUCCGUGGGCGCCGGCUCCUUCAACUUCCAUUGGCCGGCCUGCUGGGAGCAGGAGCUGAGUGUUCACCUGCAGGAUGAGCCCCAAGAGCAGCUAAAGGUGCCUCUGAGGGCACUGCCCUCUGACCAGGUGGUGAGACGUGUCUUCCCUACAUCCCAGGAGCCCCUGAUGAAGGUGGAGCUGAAAAAAGAAGAAGGACCGAGAGAGCUGGCAGUGCGGCUGGACUGCGGGCCCUGUGCCGAGGAGCGGGCCUUCCUGAGCAGGAGGAAGCAGGUGGUGGCCAAGGCCCUGAAGCAGGCCCUGCAGCUGGAUGGAGACCUGCAGGAGGAUGAGAUCCCAGUGGUAGCUGUUGCGGCCACUGGUGGUGGGACCCGGGCCAUGACUUCCCUGUAUGGGCAGCUGGCGGGCCUGAAGGAGCUGGGCCUCUUGGACUGCAUCUCCUACAUCACAGGGGCCUCGGGCUCCACCUGGGCUUUGGCCAACCUCUAUGAGGACCCAGAGUGGUCUCAGAAGGACCUGGCAGGGCCCAUCGAGUCACUGAAGACGCAGGUGACCAAGAGCAAGCUGGGCGUGGUGGCCCCCAGCCAGCUGUGGCGGUACCAGCAGGAGCUGGCUGAGCGUGCACACCUGGGCCACCCGCCCUGCUUCACCACCCUGUGGGCCCUCAUCAACGAGGCGCUGUUGCAUGACGAGCCUCACGACCACAAACUCUCAGACCAGCGGGAGGCCCUGAGCCGUGGCCAGAACCCUCUGCCCAUCUACUGUGCUCUCAACACCAAAGAACGGAACCUGACUACUUUUGAAUUUGGGGAGUGGUGUGAGUUCUCCCCCUACGAGGUCGGCUUUCCCAAGUACGGCGCCUUCAUCCCCUCUGAGCUCUUCGGCUCCGAGUUCUUCAUGGGGCGCCUGAUAAAGCGGCUUCCUGAGUCCCGCAUCUGCUUCCUGGAAGGCAUCUGGAGCAACGUGUACGCAGCCAGCCUCCAGGACAGCUUGUAUUGGUCCUCCGAGCCCAGCCAGUUCUGGGACCGCUGGGCACAGGCUCAGGCCAGCCUGGACAAGGAGCAGGUCCCCCUUCUGAAUAUACAAGAGCCUCCCACAGUGGCCAGCAGGAUAGCUGAGUUCUUCACUGACCUUCUGACACGGCGUCCACUUGCCCAGGCCACCCACAAUUUCCUCCGUGGCCUCUCUUUCCACAAGGACUAUUUCCAGCAUCCUCACUUCUCUGCCUGGAAAGCCACCAAACUGGAUGGCCUCCCCAGCCAGCUGACACCUGCAGAACCCUUCCUUUGCCUGUUGGAUGUUGGCUACUUAGUCAACACCAGCUGCCCACCCCUCCUGCGGCCCACACGGGACGUGGACCUCAUCCUGUCGCUGGAUUACAACCUCCAUGGAGCCUUUCAGCAGCUGCAGAUCCUGGAUCGGUUCUGCCAGGAGCAGGGCAUCCCAUUCCCGUCCAUCUCACCCAGCCCCGAGGAGCAGUGCCAGCCCCGGGAGUGCCACCUCUUCUCGGACCCUGCCCACCCUGACGCCCCUGCUGUGCUGCACUUCCCGCUGGUCAACGCCUCUUUCCGGGAGUACUCAGCCCCAGGGGUCCGGCGGACGGCCGAGGCGCAGGAGGCCGGGGAGGUGAACCUGUCUUCAUCCGACUCCCCCUACCACUACAUGAAGGUGACUUACAGCCGGGAGGACAUGGACAAGCUGCUCCGCCUGACGCAUUACAACAUCUGCAACAACCAGGAGCAGCUGCUGGAGGCCCUGCGUGAGGCCGUGCGGCGGCGCAGGCAGCGCCGGGCCGAGUGAUGCGCGGGAGGAUGCCACGCCCCAGCCCCACGGCCUCUGACUUUUUCAGGCUCCCUUCUUGGCCGCCUUGCUGCUCCAGUUGAGUUGGGGUGGAGACCAUCAUCCCCAAGUUCAGAGCCUCUGGCAGUUUGGACGGCCCAGUUGUGGUCGCCAGCCCUCUGAGGGGCUCACAAAGGUGCCCAGCACCACCCAGACGUGGCACUGAAGCCACCAGCACCCCUGCCAUGGACACCCUGGGGUAGGUUGAGGGUUUUAAACAGGGGCUGGGGCCUCGUCUCCAUGACGUGGCAGCGGGGGUAAGUGGGGCAGUCUGGGCCAGAUUUGUGUACGCACCCAAAACCCCGUGACCUGCGUGUCCUUUCCCUUCCUUGCUACCUUGAGUAGCUGUACAGAGUGAAAGUAGAGCGUUUUACGUAUUACAGAGGCCCGUACAAACGUGAGGCAUUACGGAGAUUGCUGUCAUUGCUUCCGAGAAGGGACAGGUCAUCCCACCUCUUGGUUACCCAGGGCAAGGACUGGUUUAGGAAACAAAACCUCUCCCCAGGCACCUUAUAGAGCUGGCAAGUCAGCUUGGGCUUCCCCUGAAGAGCAGGCUGUGAGCUCAUGGCAGUGUCUACUCCACUCCGGCCCACUCUCUCCAAGCAGAGAGGUGGCCAGUUUAGCCUGUGGGGUGGGUCUUGCUGCUGCAGCCCUGGCCCUGCCCAGGUGACUUGCAGGCAGUGACAGCCAGCACCCCUGUCUUCCUCACCCAGGGACUCAGGCAAAGGGCUGCUUCCUGUCCCAUGACUGAUUGAUUGAUAGGGGUGGGCCAGACCUGGGAUCAGAUGCGCCAAAGACAGACCGGUGCUAACGGCGUGACUUCAGCAAGCUCGGACCUUGGUGGGGCCUGUCUCCUAACCGUCUAUUCCAGAUGUUGGUCCCAAGGGUCUGAUAGCUGGGUCUCCUGGUCCCCUUGAGGGUGUCCUCGCUUGUAGCCCUGAGGUUUGGUGCCACCUGCAGGUUCGCUUCAGGGCCCAGACCUGUUGGGAGAACAGGGAGGUGGAGUGAAUUUAGGGCCUAGCUUCCUGAGAAUCUUCUCCAAGCACUGGUGCCCCAGGCCUCUACACCUCCUCCUAACAUUGAUGUGGGGUGUGGCUACUGGGAGGUAGCUGCAGGAGGGACCAUGAUGUGUGGGGGGCAUGGGAGAUGACUGGUUCCCAUGAUGCACCUCACUACCUCUGUUCCCUGGGCAUGUGGCUGGAGGCACAGAGCAGAAGAAAUGGCUGCUCUGAUGACCUUAGAAGCCACCAUGUCCUGGAUAAGGCCUGUUGACUCAGCAGCACAUCAUCUGAAUCAUAAAUUGGAAGCUGUAGGUCCUGCGGGAGUGGAUAAUUACACCAGACACCACGACUGGCUGCCACCCCUGCUGUGAUGUGAGUCCUCAGGCACAAGGCUGUGUGUAGGUCUGUUCUGUGUGUGAACCUCUGUGUGGGUCUUGGGGUCUACGGGUGUGUGUCUGGGUGACAUCCUGACUUCCGGGCUCUCUGGGAUAGUAAGGCUCCUCCCCUUCCCCCCUGGAGCAGGGACCUAGUCCUUGGACUGUGGAAAAGCUGGGAGGAUGGAGACAGAGAGUGGGGACAGGAGCAAGGGUGCAGGAGGGGUCUGGCUGCCUUGCAAACAGUGCUGCAUCUUGGAGAGGAAGGACAGGAGAGUAAGGAGGGGGAGAGUGUGUGGGCACCCGGGAGGCUUCCUGGUGUGUGCAAAGGGAAGCCGGGUACACUCACCGUGGGUCUGGCCUGAGCAAGACAGCCGGCGGGAGCCUCGUGCAGUUUCCUCUACGGGAGCCCACGGGCCAAGGGUGGCUGUCGGCGCAGUCGUGUCUCCCUCGGCGAGGAG